UGUGGGACUAUCUGCUUGGCAGUCUGCUCUAACGUACAUCUGUCCUGUCUGGUUGGGCGCUCCCCCCAGUUUGGAGUGUCUGUACAUGGAAUAUGAAGAGGAUGAUGAUAUUUCCUUUGCAAAAUGGAUGAGCAGUUUCUGGGGUCACAGCUUGAUUGAUGAGAAUGAGAAAGAGGGUAGAGGCUACAGGAAACGACAGACGCGAGCCUUUAGUGAAAGGAGAGCCUCCCUUCCAGCCAAGCUUUCGUCCAUCCAUAUGACAAGACUUCAUGCAUCUACCAAAACCCCAUCUUCAAGCCAUUUGAGGGGCUGCAAGGAAUUUCAAGAGGGCCAAGAUGUUAAAUGCCAUUGUCACUUGAAGGCAUGCAAAAUAUCCUCACCAGAUGGCUCAGGAUCAACAAGUAGAUCAAACUCGAUCCAGGAAUUUUCAGAAUCCUUUGAGAAGCAACUGCAUUUCAAAAUCAAGCGCUCAGUUUCUUUGCAACCUGAGGGCAUGCAGGAGAGGAGAGCGAGGCUGUGCAUGUCCAAGAGCAGAUCUCACAAGAAAGAGGGAGGGAAGAGGGAGCCAAAGAAAGAGCAGAAGGAAGAAGAAAGACCAGAGAUUCCUGCUGGAAAACAAAGCAAACAGCUUCCAUCCAAAACAGGAAUUAAAAAGAGAGAUUUCUGCAUAAACGGUUACAGUGUUUUGGAGCCAUUUACUGAAAGAGUAAAGUGAGCUUUGUCAUUUUGUUUUGACUAGAAGGAAGAGGCCAGUUAGCUGAAGUAAAGUAAACCCUAAUUUUUAAAAUAAAAUUAUUACAGUGAUACCUUUGAAGCUGUGUUUCUAUUGUCCUCUUUUUACUUUCUCCAUUAGAAGCAUGACACUUUAAGGAGAGUGGGUGCCUAGCUGGAUCAAGAUUUAAGUGAGCCCUGCAUCAUUUUAAUCUGGAUUUCAGUCAGAUUUAGAUUUAGCACAGCAGUGGACAUGCUCAUUUAAGAGGAGAAUGCACACAGGUUGCAGAGCCAUGCAAAAUCACAUGUAACCCACUUCAUUUCAAUUUUUGUUAAAAAUUGGAAACUGAGCCCAGCCUUAUCAAGAGGUUUGAGAAAGAAAACGUCACACAAACUGCCAAGCGCUGCACAGCUCUGACAGUUGGUUUGGUUUGUCUUGUAAAUGAAACAUUUAUUUCUUUAACCACCCCCAAAACAUUUAUUGAAGAAUAUAUCACUCGCUCUGUUUAAAUCCAGCCUUGCUGCCCCCCCCUUGUUAUACCUCAUUGCUUCAUCCCACCACAUUUCCUUACCCUUUACUAUCCCUCCAUGUUACCCUCCAUCUCAUCUCUCCCCACCAUGCCCCCAAAGUCAAUUUCCCCACCCAUGAACUAAUGUGCCCUCCCACUUCUACCUCCCAUGCCUCACUCCCUAUCUACCUCAAUCUCUCUUGUGCUGGUCCCCGCCCCCGCCCCAUUUACUGUCUCACUUACCCACUCCACACUUCCUGUGAACCCUUGUUGUCUCAUUUCUGACUUUACCUCUCUUAUACCCCUGUAAUCCAAAGACUUCCCCAAUAAAACCAGACAGAUGGCCUUCCCAACUAUCCCUCACCAAUCUGUGUUCUUCAGGGAGGUUGCCAAGAGAGAACACUGCUCCCACAAUCCAACAAAGCAUGAAUGUCCAGCAGAAGGGUAGCAGCCUUUUAACCUUACCACUUGUUCCCCUUCCAUGAUUAGUGUCUUUGCCAAAUGAAGGGAGCUGGGCUCCUGGUCUGCCUUUUGUAAGCAGGGCCUAGAGAACCCCAUCUCCCAAAGUAUGAAGUUUCCCUGUACUCAGGGAAAAGUCCCACCAAACAUGGAUUUCCUUCUGGGCACAGGAAAAAUCUGCCCAGGUGAUGGGACUUCCCUCAGCAGAGGAAAAAAAAGUACUAGAUAAGUUCAUGGAGGAUAGGUCCAUCAAUGGCUAUUAGCCAGGAUGUCCAGGGAUGAUGUCCCUAUUCUCUGUUUGCCAGAAGCUGGGAAUGGGU